ACGGAGAGGUCUCAAGAUCUCGAGCAUACCCGCGUGAGUUAUGUGAUCGCGUAUUAUUAUUUCUCGCCAAUAUACAAACGAGCUCUGUUCGAAUACCCGCUAUUCUCAAACUCCAUAAUUCAUCCAUGGCUUUUACUAUUCCACUUGGAAAUUAAAUAUGCCAGUGUAGUGGCGAAAUUUAUAUAUGCUUAGUUCAGGACUAGAACACAAUAACCAAUGGACUCGAUCAAUUCCAUCACUUUUUCGUUUUUUUCGAUGGACACACCUUUGAUGAUCGAUUGAAAGCUUCAAAAUGAUUAUGGACUCGUCGGCUGUUAGUAUAGAGGAUGAAGUCGUCCCGGAAAAAAAUCGCGUUAGUGAGCACAAGCCAAAAAGGAAACAAACGCCUUUGACGGUUAAAAAUUUCUUCACCAGAGCUUGGUGGAAAUUGAGAGGACGCAACGAUUCAAUGAACGGCACGGAUGGUACUGCAGGAGAAAAAAUGGGACCUUCUUAUCAUUCGGAGUACGAGGAGGAACAAACACCAAGGUACAGGCCCGACUCAUUGGCAAGUCUGUGCAGAGCUACGCGCUUCACCGAAGCGGAGCUCAAAAGAAUUUAUCGAGGCUUUAAAGCCGAAUGUCCAACUGGAGUGGUCAGAGAGGAUACUUUCAAGUGCAUAUAUUCUCAAUUCUUUCCCCAAGGAGCAAAUACGAGUCAAUACGCCCAUUACGUAUUCAACACUCUUGACCAAGAUCACAGCGGAAUUCUCAGUUUUGAGGAUUUUGUGACUGGCCUGAGCAUUUUGUCACGUGGCUCUAUGGACGAAAAACUUCGAUGGACUUUUUCUCUGUACGACAUCAACGGAGACGGCUGCAUCACCAAAGAGGAAAUGACUGACAUCGUCACCGCUGUUUACGAACUGAUGGGAAAAUUCGCAGACCCUAAUAUGAACCAUGAUGGCGUAAGGGAGAAGGUUGAUCGGAUGUUUCAGAAAAUGGACGGCAACAAGGACGGGGUGGUAACGCUUUCGGAAUUCCUGGAGGCGUGUCGUGCCGAUCCAGAAAUUUCAACGAACAUGGCAGCCUUGGACACGGCCUUCUGACACCCGGCAUCGAGACCUCGUUACGCGCCAUGGACCUGAACGAGUCCUGAAGACAACGGAAAUGAAUAAAAUCGCUCAAUAUUGUUGGUUCCCAAGGGAGGAGGGGAAGGAAUAUGAAGAUUGGGAAAGUCGUAGCAUGGGAAUGUCCAAAGUUUGGACGAAGGUUGCGCAGUCGUUGCCUUACGACUUUCUACCGAAGAGGUGUUUCUCAUUCUCGAGAUAGGAACGAGUACUUUGGGAAUAAGAGCUCGGACGUCAUUGAAAUCGUUUGAACGAAUCGCUCAUCAGAAUUUAUCGAAAUUGAAGCUCCGAUCGUUGCGAUCUAAAGAUGUAUCCGAUUUGAUACGCGAAUCCUGGAAAGUGCCAAAAACAAACAAACAAAACGUUUUGAAACAAUACAAAUAUCACAAUCGUAACGUUUGCUUCCGGAACGAAAGUUGAGAACGGGCACAACCAACUGCCGCGCUCAGCCUCCCCCGCUGUAUCAAACGGUUUAUUGCGAUACGGCCAGCGGGAGUUCCGACGCAUGGAAAAAUCAUUUUUCUCCCACUUUUUUUUCGCGCCCACGAUUUAAUGUCGUCGAACAUAAUUACCUCCGUGUUUCAUCGGACUAUACAAAAUUCCUUGCAUAUCACGAUUUACCCAGAGCGUAUAUAUGUGUAUAAAUCAUUUCACCAAAACUCAUGACUCAUUGGUUCUCAUAUUUUCACUGGAUUCCACCACGUCCGAUGUUCUCUUGUCUUGCCCUCCCCAACCCAACUCAACUAGGCAGCUACUCGGGUCUGAUAGCUAGAAAUUUGACGACUUUUGUUCGUGAAAAAAACGAAUGUCAUUAAUUCGUUCUCUUCUCUGGCAGUUUCGUAUUUGACUUUCGAAUGGAACAGUUUUCUGGUAGUUCAAAAAUAUCAGCUGUUAAUCGUUGCUUUCCAGUUCGAUGAAUUUAAUCCUUCGUUAAAUUGCUAAUUUCUAUCAUUUUGAGAAGCGUCUAUAACUUUUUUUGGAAUCGUCUUUAGUCGUGGAGUGUUCUCAAGAAGAAAAACCCACGUUUUUAGGUAACUUCGUGUUUUUGUUUCUUACCAGUGAAUUAGUGAGGAUAAUUUCGAACGACGAUGCGUUUGAAUAAUCAUUGAACAACGCUUUUUGUAAAUCAGACGAGUUGAAAAUAGCUUCGAAUGUUGAGACUUCACACAGAGCCCACAGAAUCAUAGAAAACAUAAGAUUUUGGUGAAGUGGGUUAUAUAUCCACGAUUCUGCAUCCAGCAGGUGAAAAGAGCUUUGUUAUUGAGUGGAAUAAACUCAAAUUCACCGACCAAUAUAACGUGAACGACACGCAGAUUCCAAUAUUUUUUAUCGAUACCUUACGACUCAAGAAUUUAUCUCGAAGUACAUGAAAAAAAGAAAAACAGAGUUUAAGAUUUUUAGUCGAAUUAUUUUUAUAUCAACAAUUCUGAAUCCAGCAAACGCUGAGUGCUUUGUUGCCGAUGACGAAUAAAUGAAUCAAGCAAACAUGGAAAAACAACUCAACAAGGUUUUCAGUUACUGGACUAUUCGAUCAAGGUAUUAUUAUUAUUAUUAUUAUUAUUAUUAUUUAAAUCAACACUUGCUGCUUCGAACAUGGACAAAAGAAAGGUCGUUACGUUGGGGAAACCAAUAUGCCGCUUGAAGAGUUGUAUAUGAAAACGAAAGUAACAUUUAAAGUUCUAAGCUGCAUCCAAAUAAUCAAAAUUGAACUAAGACAAAUGCGAAUGGUUACUCGAUAACUUCAUCGUCUGAAACUACUUCGAAUGGACAUUGUGAAUAAAUGUGUUUAAAGGAAAACGGUGCACGGUACAACUCGAUUGUAAACGUAACUUCUUUCGUACCGUAAUAUCUCCAUAAGAUUGCUCUCGCUACGCUCGGCUCAGAAAAUACCUUGCGCGGAUGAUUAAUCAGAAUCACAAAGUAAGAUAUUUAUUUGAUGUAUAUUUAAUUUGAAUGUCACAAUAUUUGUGCGAUACACAGAAGUCGAUAAAAUGUGCAUUAGACCGAAGGUGGCGUAAUUUUUAUUGCGAAACAUUUGUUCGAGUAACGUCCUUGUAGAUAAUCACGUUAAUUGGAGUAAUAUCUAAAAAAUAAUGUAUCAUCAAAUAAUCAGAGGCUGGAUCCUUCCCUUACCGGGCAUUAUUUUGGUUUUUCUGAUUGACGCAUCGAUUUAAAUGAAAGUGUUUAUUAGUAUUUUUGUAAAAAAUUCAUGCGAGUUCGUCAUUAUUUAGAAUAUAGAGUGUAUCUUUUGAUCAAUGAUUUAUUGUCGUCGUUUGACUUUUCAUAAGGUUCACCUGGACCCUGUUAUUUCCUCGUCUCGUUUCCUCACUGAGCUCGUAUAUACAAAUAUAUAAUAAUAAAUGGAACGACAAAAGGGGAAUCAAUGAGGCAAGCGAGGGGAAAGAAAUGAAACACUGACGAGUAUAGUCGGUCGAUCGGUACGUGAAUUUUCGAAAUUCUCCAAGUCUGUUGUUCAUAGUGUGUAACCGAACGGUGUGAGCGAAAUGGGAUGAAAAGAAGAAGAAAAAAAACAAAAAAGUAUUUAUUUUUGUGACAGGUUAAAAAGUAUAUAAAUUAUAUCGUAAAUUAGGUGUUAGAUGUUGUAAGUGUUGUGCUAUUACGAAUACAGAAUGGGUUUUAAAAAAGUGAAAAACGAUCGUGGAUAGUGGGGGGUUCCGGGGUGAGAUGGAAAAUUCUCGCUGCGAGCGAUUAGCAUCGAGGCAUACCGCAACGAUAUUGGUGCAAAUUAUUUAUCGCGAGAUACAUUUUUUCAGGGAUAUAUAAUCAUUUUUUAUCACUGCCUAAUUCGGGUUAAUUACUAUAAGGAAUGAGAGUGUGAGUAACGAGAGACGAACACGCGUACUCGACAACACACUGCGAUGCAUCGAAAAAGUUGAACCAAUCGUGAGUUAGUUGACGAGAACGCUCAUUUCUUCGACCCCAAAUUGUGAUUUUUGGUUUUAUGGCUAGAACGGUAGAGGCUCUUAAUUACACUGUGGGAGCGACGAUUGUGCAUGGACCCAGAGUUUUUCCGAGAUGAUCGAUCUUUUGGAAGCUUCGUUGAUACUUUUGUUUGUAACCAUGUUUCGAUUGUGAACUAUUCAAUGAAAACUGUAAGAAAGAUUAUGAUGCAUCGAAAAAGAGAUAACAAAAAUGUACGCUUUCCGAGAAAGUUUUAAGGAAAUUAUUGGCAGCGAAUCGCGGAAAAAAAAACAACACGACGGUAUCAGUGAAUUUUUUUAUUCUUAGCUGGGCUGCAAUUAGAUAAUAAGUUGAUUAUAGUGUUGACUGAGAUUAAUCGAUGUCUCAGAGAAACACGAUCACUACCGCAUGUCUUUGACGUUACCUGUAAUUACAAAUAAUGUAAUAAUGACAUUGAACCGAUCACGAGAGAUUUUGUAUUUUAUGGUACAAAUCUCACCCGGUUUUCAAUCUCUGUGCAGAGCUCGACGGGUUUAUAACGAUAGAUAGAAUUUUAAAAGUUAUCAUCGACCGAUUGUUAGAUAUCUUCGACGCGAAUCUCUCUCCCUCUCUUUGAGCUCCGUUUUAUCACUUCGUCUCUUUCCUCCCGAUCUCCUCAUUGAUGUGAGUGAUUUAUUUAAUUUAUUCGUUGCUUAGGAAAUGAUCGGUGUGAUCUAGCAGUGGAUAAUCUGACUCUAUAUUCUCUUCGCUGUAAAACUAUCUUCUAGUUGGCAACUUUGUAAUUGGCAAAGCAUUUAAGUGAAACCAAGAUUUCUAACAUUGCCGGUGGAAAAGGAGACGAAUUUUUAACUAUAAAGUUAAUUCGUAGCGACUCGUUCGUGCGAAUUAAUGACUUCCAAAACCUUCGGUACGUAAAAUAUUUAACUCAAAUAGCUCGAUACUUAAGAGUAUUGUAGAAAUUAUCGGUAUCUUAAAAGUGAGCGGACCUCGCGAUCGGAAAAUCAUCCAUCGUCAUUCUCGUUUUUGUUUUCGCCAUUCUGAUCAGAGUUCGUUGCUUCUACAAACGAAAAAAAGGAAAAAAACAGUUUCGAUAUCUGCUGUGAUAUUACGAAAAGUAAAGGGAAAAAAUGAGAUGAAAACUCUUAAAGAAAACUUGAUGAUUGAUUCAAUUGAUUCUCCAGUAGAAAUCUUCAAGCCUUUUCAUUUUGCUGUUCUCAUCAGUUACACAGCUCUAACGAUUCCACAGUUAUCUUUGAUCGGUUCGCGACACUUCGCUUCGAUCGUAUAGAAAAAGUUGUUCUCCGAAUCGAAUACAAAGCAAAAUCGACCUCAGCUCAAAUUUCCAACGGAAUACAACAAUUUUCUCCCUCUCCCUGUAUUCGAUAUUCGAUAAUAAUAAACUUCUCGCAAAGCCAAAGGGCGCAUCGCUCACGCCAACAAAUCCGCUAUCUUCGAGAACUCUCUAAUAACGUGUUAUCUAACUUAGAAUCGAAAAUGGAACAUAAUCUUGUAAAUUAUCUACGGGUAGGACUUAACGAGAUACUGUAGACCUGAAUAGUUGAAUCUGCAAUGCGUUAGUCUCUACGCCACGCGGGUUUUAAAGCGUAUUUAAUCACAGAACGAGAUAAAUCCAUUAUCCAUUGAACUUUAUUCAAAAGUAAUCCAAAAAAACCCAAGUCCGAUCGAGUCACGAAUUUUCGGUGUUUUCAACAAGGCCUCGAGAAGUUAGCCUCGGUCCACAUUUUCUAUCUGAUUUCAGGAUAUUUAGUCCGCUUCGUAAAGUUGGCUGAUCGUAACACAAUUCAAAGUGAAUUUGGCCUCCUGGUGAAGCAAGCUGCAUCAGAAUCAAUACUCAAGCCGAUCUAAUUGACUCGCUUCUUCAAAAAUAAUCAAAUAAUCAUUCUUUAGAAUAUUUUAUUACCUAGAAUGAUAAAAAAAAAAAAAAUAAAAAAAAAAAUAAAACAGAUUCAAUAUCUUCUGAAAGUGAUUUGCAAAAGAUUUGCAGAAGAUUUAAUUUUGUAUUGCAAAUUAUAAUUUCGAUAAAAUUAUGCACUGAGAGGGUAGCACGAAAAAUGAAGAGCAACCGUGCCCAAAUCCGUUUCUUUCUCCACGCGCAUACACACACGUACACAAUGAUUCCUCGAUCUUAAUGGUUUGCCUCUCGUCUGUCAGAUCUAACAUUGCAGGGAUUAAUUACGAUAUAACGCCAGAGAUAACGCUGCCCGAGAGUAUCCGGACAAAGAUACGCGGGCAGCUUGAAUAAGUAGCCCAAUAUUGAGAUAAAUAAAAAGAAUCUACGUAUUACCGAUUAACGAAAAGAAAUAUACGGCGAAUUAUUAAUUUAAAAUAUGGUCAGAUGGUCCAAUCAUAGACUAUAUAUAUAGGAUUAUUGUACGGAUAAGAGAAAAAAGCAGACGCAGACACACACACACACACGCGCAAAUAGAAGAGUAACAAAACAACAAGAAAACGAAUAAACAAUUUAAUCCCAUUGUGUAGCUUCUGAGAAUCGUUAGACUCGAUAAACUUGAUGUCUCGCAUUUCUGAUGGACGCGCGUGUACACGCGGAUCGUUCAUUCGAACGAAAUUCGUAAAUCGGAGCUCCCAGCAAGACUCUCAGAAGAACGAGCGUAGCUCUGAGAGAAGAAAACCGUUGAAACGCUAAUAAAUAAACAAAAAAAAAUAUAUAUAUAUAUAUGAAUAAAGUUAGAAAGAAAGAAAAAAAGAAGAAAUAUAUGACACGUUGGAUAUGAACGGGUUGCAGAGGUAAAUACGAUUCACGCGGCGAUAUAUAUUUUCGGCGGUAUAUGUAAAAUGUAAACGUGGUAAGACUACGUACGCAAUAGCUUUAAAUACCGACUAAUCCACGUGUAUUUGGCCAAUGUGGAAUUCAAAUCGACUGACUAGGAUCUCAGGUCCAUCGUUCGUGCUGUCGGAAAAUGGGGGAAAAAAAAUUAAAAAAAAAAAAAUGAAAAAUAACUUUUCCAAAUAGCCGACAGCCGAGAUAAAGGGCCGAUUGCAAGGGGAACUGAACUGUAAAAAAGUGAUGACGAACGAAUACCAAAGAACAAUAUAUAUCCGAUCCCGAUAUUGUGCUGGCCAAAGAGAUAUAUAAAAACGAACAGAGAAACGCAUCCUCCUCCUGCCAGCCUCGCAGUCGAGCGUGCGUAUAUUAAUGAUUGUUUGGAUGUUGAUUGUUAAAUGUUAGUAGCAUAUUUAUCCGAGAGAUUUAAAGAUACAAAAUGAAAAUACGACGUUGAGAGAAGAGCGCAGAGGUUACACCAUCCAAUGACGUUGAACUUGGCAACCCCAUUCGUUUUGCGCAUUAUCGUUAGCCCUUUUAUUUACCAUCGUAACGAAGCAAAGCUUUUUAUAUAAUACAUCAUAGAUUCGUACGACUUUUCAUCUGCUCAUCGACGCAUUAACUCGAUUAAGCAAUCACGUUGUUCCUCUCAAAAUACUGCAAACCCCUAAGUGCGAUCCGGACCGAGGAGUUCUGUCCGCAGGCACAGCUUGGCUGUACCGAAUCGAGAAUAUAAAUUUCUUUCGGUAUAUAAUUAAUAAUUAAUGAGCUGUAGAGGCGAUUGAUUGAUAGUAUUUUCGGAUGGGCCGAUCGAUCCUCGUGGCCGCUCGAAAUCCCCAUUUUUUUUUUUUUUCUUUUUUUUUAUUUUUUUUUUUUCAUUUCGAUGCUCUACAUUUUGACGAAAUGUUGACAGAGCAAUUAGCGGGUGGCCACGCCGAUGAAUUUUUUCAUAAACGAGACGCUUAUAGUUGCUACAACGAUGCCACAGAUGUUCGAUUAUUUUUCCAACAAAUAUAUAUUCUCGGGAGUUUAUUUCAACCGGGAAUGAAAUAAAUUCGCUUGCGCUUGAGAGUGGCUGCACUGCCGGAACGCAGGACGGUCGAACUCUCGCGCACGGACAUCAUAUCAAUAUUUAUUAGCAUCCUCCGAGGACGUACCUUCGACGACGAACGUUUAACCGUGUGACUAUUGUUCCUUUUUCAUUAUUUUAUGGAGCUUUAAUCGCAAUGCCUGCGUCUUCGUGGACUCGUGAAUUGUUUUAAUAAAACACAGCUGCUCUGUUAAAUGGGAAUUAGUUUAAUUGCGAUACUCGCUCACUGUUACGUUUAUUAUUAAAAAUGUCUGUAUCACAAAUUGAAUUAUGCGACUAUUUUAUAAAUAAAUUGAUUAUUAGUGUUAA